GCUAAUAUUUUCCAAUUUUUUAUAUAAUUUCAGGUUCGAGGAGUAGAGAUUUGGUUUUAAAGGCCCUGGUGAUUUGGGGAAAAUGGCUGCCGAGCUCGACGAUGAUGGUGAGCAGACCAUGUCAAUCAACGAGUAUCUUGAGAGCAUCGAAGAAGAAGAGCUGGAAGCGGAUUUGGUUUUGGGUGGAGAUGAGGGCGAUGAAUGUACAUAUCCUAAAGGUUACAUGAAAAGACAGGCAAUUUUCUCCUGCCUCACAUGCACCCCUGAUGGGAAUGCUGGAAUUUGCACUGCAUGUUGCUUGUCUUGCCAUGAUGGCCAUGAGGUUUUGGAGCUCUGGACCAAGAGAAAUUUUAGGUGUGAUUGUGGAAAUUCAAAAUUCAAAGAGUUCUCGUGCAAGCUUUUCCCAAAUAAAGAUGUAGAGAAUAUCGAGAAUUCAUAUAAUCACAACUUCAAAGGUGUAUACUGCACCUGCAAUCGCCCCUAUCCUGAUCCAGAUGUCCAGGAACAAGUAGAGAUGAUACAGUGCUGUAUGUGUGAGGACUGGUUUCACGAGGAGCAUAUUAGUAUCAACUCACCCAAUGAGAUUCCUAGAGAUGAUGAAGGGGAGCCUCUAUAUGAAGAUUUCAUAUGCAAGGCAUGCUCAGUGGUUUGUUCUUUUCUGACUAUAUAUCCUAAAACCAUAUGGGCAGCAGGGGGGCAGCCUGUUGCUCCUGUUAUUACUAGCAAGGAUAAAAGUGUGGUGGAAGACAUCCCUCCUAAAGAUGAUGGAGCUGGGAAACUUGAAAAUUAUUCGUGCACUGAUUAUUCCCAAAAGGAUAAUUUGGUUGCUGAUGCUGAUUGUGAAUCUGUAUUUGAUGACAAGAAGUUUGUUAUUGGAGAAAGCUCUCGUAAUGAUGACAGCUCAAGUGUGUCCAGAAGUACUGCCAGUUCACGUGGUACUUGUAUUCUUGGAGUAGACUGGAUGGAUGCAUCAUUCAUUUCAGAAAGUAAACCCCUUUUUCUUUCUAAAAACUGGAGAGAUAGCCUUUGCAGAUGUGACAAGUGCUUGGAUAUGUACAAGCAGAAGCAUAUUAGUUAUCUACUUGACAAGGAGGAUUCAAUAGCAGAGUAUGAAAAAAAUGCAAAGCAGAAGAGGGAAGAAAAGUUGCAACAAAGGGAGGGUGCUGAAUUAAAUUUCUUUAACAAUCUUGGUCAUAUAGAAAAAAUGGAGAUUCUGAAUGGCAUUGCAGACUUCACAGACGAGUUCCGUUCCUUCCUGGGCUCAGUUGAUCCUUCAAAGGCUAUCACAGCAGCUGAUGUCAACCAGAUUUUCGAGAACCUUAAGAACAAGCGACGGCGUGUGUAGUAGGUUUUUUUUAUUGGAUAUUACUGCACUUGCUAAGUUUUCCUCGAGGAAAAGGAAAGAAAACAGUAUGAUGGUGUGCAAAUACUUUGUUUAAAGUUUUUAAAG